UCUUCUCCAAGGAGGACAGCCACAAUGCGGUCAUCUUCGAAAUUACCAAGCUUUCGAGGCUCACGAUAUGAUUCACCCAUGUGUACGAGAUUGCAAUGGCCUUGCCAAAUUUGAUCUCGACACAUUUUCCUCGAAUAGUGAGGUGCUCAUUGCCCAUUAAAUAACAACCCGGCUCACGACAAAGCGAAAACUCGAAAAAUUCAGGGGCACGGUCUAAACUCAUGUAAUUCCAAUCUUGUGAGAAGAUCGCUGAUUUAUUCAGUGGAAUCUAAUUGUGCUUAACAACUGCAAUGAUUAAGGGGAUUUAUUUGUUUAAAACGGUCAUUUCCCUUUUAAAGACCUUUCCCAGCACCGACGACCUAAGGAGUAAGCAGCUCUCGCUCAGCCUGCUUAUGACUAUGAGGAGAAGGCAGCCAGUAAAAGUUUACUCCCAAAAUACAUGGGAAUAUUACAUUAAUAAUCAGAAAACAUUACCAUACACAUUUCUCAAGUGCGCACUCUAGCCACACGCACAGGAGCUUUCAACUUUCUUAACCAUACAGCAGUUUUACAUUGUUAAUAGAGUCAUACCGGUCUUUUCGUCCUUCAUGACAGUCGAUGACAUUUCACAAAGAUGCCGUCUCGAUUAUUCAAACCUUCCGCUUGGUUAAACUUUCGUCAUGAUGGAUACCCCGUCGUACCUUUCAAUCAAUAUUUAAAAAUCAGAAAGCAGCAUUCCAUUCCGGAUCAAAAUGAUUCCGUCGAGCCUGCGGCCUCGAGUCUGGCUGCAGAGAUGCAAAGCCUGCUGACAUUCGGCGUUUUGGAGGCAGUGGUGGAGAAACAUAUCCCCGAAAGCGCGUUGACGAGGAACCUUGGUGAUGUAUGUGUCAUCUCAAAAGAUGGUCUGGAUCAAAUCAUCCAGGACUGGAUCCAGCGAAUUCGUGAGCACACAGACGACCACGAAGCCUGGUUUGGAAGAGUACACCUCGCGCUUGAACAAUCUAACGCAACAUUGGUGUUACUACUGAAGGAACAAUUUCGAUGUUUUCAGGCCCUCGGAGAUGAUGCGCCAUCUACAGUUUGCCUUAUCGCCACGAUCGGCGAAGCAUUGGUAGCCGCAAAGAUGGCGUUUACACAAAAUCUUCCUCGGGAAGGCUUCGACUGGUCGAUGAUUUGGACUCCUCCAUAUAGAAACUUACUACAAGAAGAUAUGCUCGCUCAAGGAUGGUGCCCUUCUAUCAUCAACUAUCUCAUCAGCACUUGCUCUGUCUCAUCCCUGGAGUAUGCAGUCUCGUGUGGGCCGGGAGAGGACGUAAAGAAGCAUCGCGAUUGCUCUUCGCGAUCUUUCCUUGCUAAGUCGGCUCCGGUACGAAUGCCGCUUGAUCUACAAGAAGUCGAAAGACUGAUACUUGCCGGUAAGAUACCUGUCGUUAGCUUUGAUCGGAACGAAGGUGCGCGCGCGUACAAAUUGAACGUGCAGAGUAGCGAUGAUAAACCAUACGUCGCUUUCUCACACGUAUGGGCAGACGGUCUCGGCAGCACUACAGAGGACGGGCUUCCAGAUUGUCAGAUUCGCCGGAUAUCCGAUCUGGUGAGCACCGGAGAUGCAUUCUGGAUUGAUUCAUUGUGUAUCCCUCGCUCGGAUACCGUGCGCAAGAGGGCCAUCAGCAUGAUGGCUCAAACGUAUAGCCAGGCCAAAGCUGUAUUAGUACUUGACGGAACCCUACAAAGGUGCCUAUCGACGGCACCCUUGGGUGUACGUGUCCUUCGGGUUCUUACCUCAGGCUGGAUGCAGCGGCUCUGGACCUUACAAGAGGCUGUGCUUUCCAAGGAUCUUAAUUUCGCAUUCGCUGACCAAAGAAUUCCGUUGAUUCAUCUAAUACCACCUCCAUAUGAUAUGCUCCGGUUUCCACACAUGACCGACCUGGCCGCCGAACUAUUUCGUCUGCUUAAAAAGUCAUCUUACAAUGUAUAUUCCAUUGGUGAUGUUUCCCGGGCUCUUCGAUGGAGGACUACAAACCGCCCCACGGACGAGACGCUGGCAAUAGCAAGCUUAUUAGGGGUUCAGCCUUCUAUCCUCGUCGACCGGAGCCCCGAAUUGCGGAUGAUGUGGCUUAUACAGGAGUUAGGUCGGAUACCAAGUAAUGUCAUUUUUCUCAGUGGCAAUAAAUCAGAAGUCCCAGGAUUCCGGUGGCUUCCGUCGUCAUUCAUGGCGGCUCACGGUGCGGGGUUUGGAGGAUCUCAGCUAUCCUCUGGCGCUUCGGACGCGUUGGUGACUCCCCGCGGUCUUAAAGCCAUUUACUACGCUCUUAGAUUCCCGAAAAGGAGAAUAACAGUUGGCAUGCCCUGGGGACUGAGCGAUGCCAAGGGUGAUCGAAUGUACCAGGUACUCGAGCCGUCACCUUCUGCAGGUUCUUACGAAUGCGACAUGCUUUUGCUCGAAACUAAUCUCUCAGCUGGGAGCGCAAGUAAAUGUGUGGCCGUCUUAAUUCUUGAGGUAGAGACAUGCGAUGAUUCGUUUGUGGUAUACACGAAAUACCAACGAAGGCUAAUACUCAGCGACACGGUAGAUCAGCGAGGGGCCAAUUUAGGUAAACAGUCGAAUAUUGUUCCAGUGACUACGUCGGGGCGUUUACGUGUAAACGUGGAAUGA